AUGGUGGUCCCCGAUUUCGGAAACCUGAAGAGUGACAUCGGCGUGGGGAAACUUAACGAGUAUCUCGCGUCUCGGUCCUUUAUCACAGGGUACACGGCCACCCAGGAUGACGCCAUCAUUUUUUCCAAGCUUCUCGGUGCGCCGAACGCGACGAAAUUCGUCGACGCCAGUCGGUGGUACCGCCAUGUCUCCCAUUUCUCCCCCGUUCAGAAGGCCGCGUGGCCCAAGGGGGAACUGACAGCAGAGAAGCCCAAGAAGGAGGAAGACGACGAUGAUAUUGAUCUCUUUGGCGAGGAUGAUGCCGACAAGGAGGCCGUGAAGAAGCUGGCCGAGUCGAAGAAAAAGGAGGCUGCGGGAAAGAAGAAGAAGGAGGUGAUUAACAAGUCUUCCCUUGUCAUUGAAGUCAAGCCCGCAGACGCGGACACCAGUCUGGAUGAGAUUGCCAAGCUGUGCAAGGAAAUUAACAUCGAGGGUGUCACCUGGGGCGAGGCUGUCAAGAAGGUUCCCGUCGCUUUCGGACUCUACAAGCUCCAGCUUUGCUGCACAAUCUUGGACGAUAUCGUGAACACGAACGAAAUCGUCGAUCAGAUCGAGGCACUGGGCAUGACUCCGGAGCAGUUGGAGAAGUUGGCGAAGCGCCAGGAGGGAGACGACGAGGACGAGGAGGAAGAUGAAGAAACAUACGGUCUCGUGCAGUCGGCAGAAAUCGUUUCCUUCAACAAGCUGUAA